AUGAAAGACGCCUUAAACGACACGGCGCAGUCUGCGCCCUUGAUGACAGCAUGGAACACCGAGAAUCAAGUGCAUCUGAUCGUUGGCGCCAAUCCUCUUGCAGCAGCCCGGUGUGCGAAGAGCCUUGAGGCUGGCGCGAAACCUAUCGUUAUUGCGCCGGAGACGGUGGAUAUGCACUUCACCUUGUCGGAGCAUAUCUCUCGAGGCGCUGCGCAAUGGGUGCGUCGCAAUUUUCAAGAUGACGACUUGACUAGUUUGGGGAGAGAGGAAGUCGAUCAGGUGGUUGACGCGGUUUUUGUCACGCUGGGUGGCAACAAUCCAUUGAGCACGCACAUCUCCAAGCAUUGCCGCCGUCUGCGGAUCCCAGUCAAUGUAUCAGAUGCUCCAGAGCUGUGCUCGUUCGCUUUACUCUCGACAUAUUCCGACGGCCCCCUUCAUAUCGGGAUUACAACAUCCGGCCGUGGAUGCAAACUUGCCUCCCGAUUACGGCGAGAGAUUGCCGCUUUUCUCCCAUCGAAUCUGGGCGUUACUAUCGACCGGCUUGGUGCCGUGCGCAGACGUCUCUGGGAAGAAGACAGCGCGGCUGGGCUUGGCGACGUAUCCUUUGAGGGAGAUGAAGAUGAUUCAACCGGCCAGAAACAUACUUUCAACACAUUAGUCACGGAAGACGAUGUUGCAGCAGCGAAGACAAGACGCAUGCGCUGGUUAUCGCAAAUCUGCGAGUACUGGCCGCUCCGCAAACUUGUUUCCAUCACCGAUGCCGAUAUCGAGGCCAUUCUCAAGGCCUACUCGUCUGGUCGGGACAAUAACGUGAAAGACAUCAACGACAUUGAAACACCGUCCCGAAAAGGAAAGAUUGUGCUCGCUGGCUCCGGGCCGGGACACCCAGACCUACUUACCAGGGCUACAUACUAUGCAAUCCAAAACGCAGACAUUAUUCUCGCAGACAAGCUUGUGCCCGCACCGGUUCUGGACUUGAUCCCUCGCAGGACAAAGGUCCAUAUUGCGCGCAAGUUCCCAGGUAACGCGGAUCAGGCGCAGGAAGAGUUCCUGCAGAUGGGACUUGCAGCACUACAGGAAGGAAAGCAGGUUCUGCGACUCAAGCAGGGAGAUCCAUAUCUCUAUGGACGCGGAGCAGAAGAGUUUGAUUUCUUUCGGGGAGAAGGAUAUGUCCCAACGGUGCUGCCGGGGAUCACCAGCGCGAUGAGCGCGUCUCUAUUCGCAGAUAUCCCCGCCACUCACCGUGGCGUAUCCGACCAGAUUUUGGUCUGCACGGGAACGGGACGGAAAGGCGCUGCCCCGGAUCCGCCAACCUACGUUCCCACCCAGACAGUGGUCUUCCUCAUGGCUCUCCACCGGCUAUCUGCUCUGGUGGAAAGUCUCACCACUUCAUCUGGUGAUGAGAGUAGUUUGCGCUCACGAACUCUCUGGCCAAAGGAGACACCCUGCGCCAUCGUCGAGCGGGCAUCGUGCCCAGAUCAAAGGGUGAUUCGGUCCACCCUGGAGCAUGUUUGUAUGGCAUUCGAGGCAGCAGGCUCGCGACCGCCUGGAUUGCUGGUUGUUGGAGCUAGCUGUCACGUUUUGCAUGAUCCUCAAGCCCAGAAAUGGAUCAUUGAGGAAGGCUUUCACGGACUCGAUGAUCUGCGCGGUGAGGCCGAGGCAGCGACGACGGUUGUGGGGGAGACCGAGUGA